AUGUCGCUGAAGGAGCUGGUCCCCAAUGGCACUAAGCUGGCGGAUUUGGAGAAACGGAUGGUGGAGGAUACAAUGGUGAGGGAUGGGUUGGUUGUUGGGUUAAGACAGGUCCGGGAGGAGAUCCUGCCCAUUCGACUGAAGUUCAACGCGUUCUUGAAUAAGAUGUCGCAUUUGGACAGUGAGCCCCAGGGGGCCAAGACGAACGAAGAGAGGUUUAAAGAGGUCAGAGACAACUUGCUGGACCUGUACAAGAGUAUUCAAACGCUGUCUGCGAGGUUUCAUGAGAUACAGCCGCUGUUCAGCGUCAUUGAACAGUUUGGCGCGGUGGACGGAGAGAAACAGUUCUGUCCGCUGGAGACCCUGGGGAACGGCCCGACAGUGUCGUCCAUCCCAACCACCGUACCGACAGCGCCAGUGGGGAAGAAGAGCGCCGUGAGCACCCCGGCAAACAACGACAAGCCGUCCCCAUCCGUCGGGCCGACGGCCUCGUCCGCAGCGGCAAAGAAACCACGGAAACCAAGACAGAGCAAGAAGACUCCCGUCCACACACCAGCGGGCAACCCAACACCAAGAACCGCGGCACAGACACCACUCUCUGUGCCGUCGAGCAGCGGUCCUGGCGGUGAUGUGGGGGUUUCGUCAGGGGCCGCAGCCGCGGCCGCGGCCUCGGCAAUGAACUCAACCAUAUCCAUGCCCCAGCAUAUCUUGAGCUCGGCGAUGUCCCCCAUGAUGGGAAGCACUAUGGGCACACCCAACAACAUGAACCAGAUGUCCUCCUCGCAACAGCCGCAAGCACCACAGCAGCAGCAGCAACAAGUGCACGCACCGUUUAUGGGUGCCAAUCCGGCGGCGUCUACGAAUAAUACAUCAGCGCAGAGUCUAACGCCAGCUAACAUCCUGAGCAUGAACAACGGCAAUAUGAACGCUACGAACGCGGAACGCCCUGAACGGUACGGCAGCGUCGACCUCAGCUCGAUGGACCUGGGCAACCUUGACUUGGGCUCGCUAAACAUGGAUUUCUUAUAA